GUCAGCGGCCCGGUGUGGUGCCCUCUCGGGGAGGGGGCGGACCCAUGACCGACAACGGCUCCGUCAAGAAAUGCGCCGGCUGCGGCGGCAAAAUCGGCGACCGGUUCCUUCUGCACGCCCUGGACCGCUACUGGCAUGUGGCGUGCCUCAAGUGCUCGUGCUGCCAGGCCCAGCUCGGCGACAUCGGCAGUUCCUGCUUCUCUAAGGCCGGCAUGAUCCUGUGCAAGACCGACUACAUACGCCUGUUCGGUGCGAGUGGGGCCUGUAACGCAUGCGGACAAUCCAUCCCAGCCAACGAGUUCGUCAUGCGAACGCAGGGCAACGUCUACCACGUCAAGUGUUUCACCUGUUUCACCUGCCGCUACCAGCUGUCACCUGGAGACAGAUACCACUUCGUGAAUGGGAGGAUAUUCUGUGAACAGGACGGGACCAAUCUGUUAAAGGGAGCGGCGGAAGGUCCCCCAACCCAGGGCCUCCGGCCACAGCAUAAGGUCUGCUGAGGAGUCUGGGAACCCCCUCGAUGCAUGAGGAUAUACCCCCCUACUCCUCGAGGGGUACUUUCAUACUUACGAGGUGACGCAGCCAGCAGGAAAAGAAAGCAAGUUGUGUUUACCAUUGCUAAAAAAGACAAUACAAUUGCCUGUUUGUAUAUAUAUAUUACUGCCGUUUGCACGCUACCAAGGACUAAAAACUAUAAGGGCACGAGUUGAAAAUGUCCCGACAUACUUGUACAUGCACGGCUGGCAGCAAGAUGGAUUGACUGCCCUAAUUCUAUGUACAGACAUUGUAAAAAUGUACAGCUAUUCCGGGCCCAUUACCCUAAAUUGGCACCUGACAUAUCAAGACAAGAAAUGGCAGUGUACAUUGACGAGCUUUUAUAUCUUACCACACAGACCUGUUGAUGCAAUUGACAGUGGUCAGUUUGGGAUGUUUUUUUGAAAUUCCAACGGUCCUCUUUGCCAAGCAAGAUUGCGGAAGAUAUUUAUUUUUUUGACGUGACACGUUGGACUGAAUUUUAAAAAGCGCUAGUUAUGCAUGUGCUCGAUGGCGACCAGUUCCACGCUCGACAGUUUGAAGGCUAUUUCACACCGACGUUCUCUACAUCAUGUCCAAAUCUGCAAAGUGUUAUAACACAUGGGUCAAAGAUGGAAUACAUUUGGCGGGUAUCACAGCCCAUGUAAACACCAUUGAUACCUUCAGUAUGUGAACUGUUUGCUGCCUUAACUUAUCGUGUACAGAUAUGUGGCUUCAAAAUGGUGUCUUUUACAUCUAAUGUUGCUGAGCAUAUGUCAAGGUUGUGUUACGGUAAUUCGUCAUAAUGACCAGGCGUUGUUGUGGGACCCCGUGGAAUUACUCCACCAUUCUCGUCAUCAAUCUGGACUCGCCCUGCCCCCCUCCCUCUCUCCUACAAAGCGGAAUAUUAUAUACAAAAAUAAAUUCAGCAUAACACCAGCUUGUAGUGAUUCAUACAUAUAAAAAAGAUUAUAUCAUUAAGCUAUUCUACUCUACAACAUCUACUACAUGCUGACGCUGUGAGAAGGGGAGGGGGCAUGGCGAUUGCAAGAGACGAGCUUUCAUGAUGUUGUUUCCACUGUGAAUUUCACCAUUAUAGUACUGUUGUACGUUCUGCUGUAUAUAGAGAUUAUGUAGACGUAAAUUUGACAUUUCUGUAUCUCUACUUGCUUUUAAUACCUGUGAUCGUUGUUUAAUAUUAUCAUGUACGCCUCAGCAUCUGGCACCCAGCUAGCAUAUGGGAAUGACACGAGCAAACUACUACUCGAUUGUUUUGACAGACUGAAGCAAAGUAUCGUGUGUCGAAGCCUUAUCUGCAACUUCGUGUCUCUAUUGAUUAAUUUCUGGAAGGUUGUUAUAGUCUGGUGCUGACAUACAUGAGACCGGGUGUAAGCUUAGCCCAUUUUCUUAAAAGGAAAUGCUGUCUUUCUUGAGGAAGACAUGCUGUACAUGUAUCAUGUAUGUAGCCAGGCUCUCUCUCUACAUGACGAGUGGUUGGAGCAUGGUUUACUGUUCGGGGUAGUUCUGUUGUUACUCUAUUGGUGAAUUAAAUACACCGGGUUGUUACGGUA